UGUGUGUGUGUGUGUGUGUGUCAUGCUGGGUUUUAUGCUUGUGGAGCAGGAGGAGCUUGUCGUCCUUUUAAAGCUCCCUGAGCUCUGAGCGGCUUCAGUCCCAAACAGCAGCGACUGAGAUCAGGCUUCAACAAGGCCUCUCUCAGAGCGUUGGUCUCGUUUUCACAACCGGAUGAGGAUGAGGAUGCGGAUGCGAAGUCCAUCAAACUCGUCAGAUGCUGGCGGCACCAGUCCAAAUCUUCUUCAAGAGCAGAGCAGCAGAUCCACAGGUCAAGGAUGGCUCAGAGGAAGAUUCCCAAAGCUGUUUAGGAGCCAGGCAGGCCUGGCAAGUCCAGCUGGAGUCGGUGGUUCUGCUGCGACUGAUGGACGACAGAUAGUACAUGUUGAGGAGCCUCCAGUCGUGAUCCCCACGUUUGAGCAGAACCUAGAAGAUCGGAAUCUGCGUGAAGCCGCACAGCUGCUGAUAGAACAAGAGCGGCAUCUGUUCGGGGAGAUAACAGAGUCUGUGUCUCUUAAAUGUCACGAGGAGGAAGUGAAGAAACUGGCCACAGACCGAGAAGCCCUGGAGAAGCUGGUGUUCCAGACUCUGGAGGGGAGUCUGGAGGUCAACGACGACAACAUGGCGGCGGCCCUCAGGUCUGCUGUGGAGGCCAUCCAGCUGGAGGAGCAGCAGGACCAGCUGUGGAGGCAGAACCAGAAGACGUUUCCGCCCUGGAGACCCAGUGGCUGGAGGAAACGCCACGACUUGAUGCUGCGCCGGCUUGUUGAGAACCGACUGGACAACGAGGAAGACCAGAAGACUCCCGACAACCAGGUGUCAGCCCUGCAGGCCGACGUCCAGGGCAUGGGCCGGCAGCUGAAGGAAGACCUGCUGCUGGUGGUGAAGGUCCUGAAUAACUGCUACCCUCCAGACAUGGACGUCUGCAACCUCUACGCCAGAAUGUUCCACCAGAGCUUCAGCGCCAGGCUCAGGAAGAUCGCCGAGUACGGUCUGGAAGAUAAGGACGGUACCUUCCUGCUGCUCUGGGUCAACAAGUACUACCCAGGGAUCCUGCAGAAACCAGAGUUGGUGAAUGAGAUCGAUGCUGAAGCUUUGGGGAAACUGCUGCCUGAAGAUCUACUGGAACCUCUGGAGGAGCAGUUUCUGAGCAACCAGCAGAGCGAGCUGAAGACCAACCUCGACAACGUCCUGAAGGAAGAGAAGGAAAAGUGGACGAAUGGAGAAGAACCGAGCAGAGAGGACGACUGCUACAUCAGCACCGUGGCCUAUGACGUCAUCGUGCUCCUCAAUGGCAGGAUGACGUCGACUCAGACGAUCCUUGGAGACCAGCAGAAAGCUCAGAGCAUCACGGACCAACUGAAAGACUUCAUGCAACGGUACAAAGUGUUUCAGGAAGACGUCAUCAAGCAGAACAGAGCGAACAGCAAAGCUCUGGUCAAAGCGACUCUCCACUCCAUCCAGCAGUUCAGCGACGUCCUUGUCAGAAAAAAACUUCUGCUCCCUGAAGACGUUCGAGAAAGCUGUCUGUGUGUGCUGACCGACAUGAGACAGUCUGCUCACGCUUAUUUAUUAAACCCCGUACACAAAGUCCUCAAGCCCCACUAUCAGAAACUGGGAACCAGUGACUGGCUGAAGAAGAACCCGUUUGAGAAGCUGCUGAGCAGCAUCGAGAAAGAACUGGAGGAUCUUCAGGGUUCGUCUCUGUUGUGCAACCAGGAGCUGAUGGGUCAGCUUCACCAGGAGGUGACGGUGGAAUACGUGAGGAGGCUGCUGAAGGGAGACGUGAAGCUGAAGGACAGGGAGAAGCAGCAGAACGCCUAUCUGACCGUUAAAGACAACGCAGAGAGUUUACACAAACUGUUCAGCAGCAAGGGAUCACAGGAGGAAUGGUUGAAGGAAAUCCUGAUCAAGAUCGCAGAAGUGCUGCAACUCCAAGACGUCCCGGCCAUUCAGAUGCAGAUAAUUUCACUGGGCUCAGCCUAUCCUGACCUCAGUGAAAAACAGGUCUCGGCUCUGCUCAAACUCAAGACGAAUCUCUCCAAAGCCGACAGGAAAACUGUCAAAGCGACUCUGGUGGACACUCUGAACGCGACCGGCGCCGACCUCAACACUCGGCCGUUUUUCUGCAGAAUCGAGAUCAGAUGAUGCACUUCUCUUCGUGUGUUGUGGGGUUUUUUGAGUUACUGUAUUAGUAUGUGAGCUGCUGUCACCAUAGUGCUGGCAGAUAUGGUGCUUCUCACUGCUAAAGAAAUCACGUUUGAGUGAAAGUUGUUUGAUAGAGUGUAUAUUUUUUUAACAUCAAAUCAGUGUUUUAGUUUGUUGUUUUAUUCGUUAUAAGAGGAGACACGUUUUUCACGUCUUCUGAUGUACAGAAAAUAAUGUAAAUUAAAUUUCUAAAUAAAAUUUAAAAUGAAUCUGA